AUGGCAAAGAAGAAGAAAAGCAGCAAGAAACCGGUGGAGCCCGUUGCUCCACCUGACAACGUGCCAACGAAUGCUGCGGAACCAAUUCCUGAUGCGCCUGAAGCUCCAUUGACAGCAGAGGAAUCAGCCACAGAAGCAGAGUCCGGGGAGCAGUCCAUGCCAACCGCUUCCGAAGUGGAGCCCGACGAGGGUACGGUUCCCACGCUGGUGGACGAGUCCACAUCUGCACCCUCACAACACCCUGAGACCAUAGAGACUAUACCAGACGAGGCUGCAGAGGCACCGGCCACUGAGAUCAUACCUGCUGCAGAGCUAGAUCCACCUAUGGGGGAAGAGCAGGAAUCUGGGUCGCCAGCGGAUACUACCGAGGCCGUGGAGUCAGAGAUUGCCGGGCAAAGCGCUGAAGACAUGCAUCAUACUACAGAAGAAGAUGAAGAGUCAUCGGUUAUUUGGGUUGGAGACACGCAAGACCCAGAACCCAAUGCAGAGCAGCAAAAUACUCCGGAGGAACAGCAGACCCUACAACUAGACGAAGAGUCCACACCCCAGCCAGACCUCGUUCCAACUCAAGAUUCUAUUGAACCAGCAGACACGCCGGUUGAAGACACACUCCCGCCACAAGAAUCCACAACGGAGUUAGCGCCUGAAGCAGAACCUGAAGUAAUUACUACCACCACGGAAGAAGCUAUCGAACCGAUAGACCAGAUGGAUGGCGGUCUUAAGGAGAACGGAGCUGAGCAAGAUCCGGCGGAGAUAGCCGAGGCACCAGAGGCACCAGAGAUAAUGGAAGCACCUGAAGUACCAGAGGCGCCGGAAGUGCCAGAGGCACCCGAAGCCCUAGACACACCCACAGUACCAGAAGUUCCAGAGGCACCAGAGGCUCCCGAAGUGCCAGAACUACUAGAGGUACCUGAAGCGUCCGAGGCUCCCGAGGCUCCCGAAGCGCCGGAAGUGCCAGAAGCACCAGAGGCACCGCAACCACCAGAAGCUGCCGAAGCGCCAGAAGUACCGGAUGCGCCCGAAGCACCCGAAGCAGCAGAGGUACCAGAAGUGCCUGAGGCCCCAGAAGCGCCAGAGGUACCAGAAGCACCUGAAGUACCCGAAGCACCUGAAGUACCCGAAGCACCUGAAGUACCAGAAGCACCUGAAGUACCAGAAGCGCCAGAGGCUCCCGCUGCCCCUCAGGCUCCAUCAGUGGUGUCAGUUGGGAGUGAUGAGGACGACAUCAUCGAAGCUUUUACAGUCGAGGAUCUAUCAGCACCGGAACCAGAGUCCGAGGCCCUUCCAAUAACAGUCGAACGGUCGGUGGACGUCGGGCUACCAGAUGCGCCUGUCGAAGGAAUGUCAGCACCAGAAGCCCCUGAGACAAUCACACAGCCUGAGCCUAUUCCCGAGACUUCAUCUACAGAUGCCCACAUUGAGCCGAUAGAAGAGCUCGUCGUAGCUGCCCAAGACAAAGUACCAAGACAGCAUGCCGACCAAGAGCAAGAGCGGCUUGAGGCCGAAGCAGCGGCUGCUGCUGAGGCUCAAGAAUCUGCCUCGCUAGCGCAGGCCGCCCAACCCCAGGAAGACGCACAGCGAGAAGAACUGAAGAGAUUGGAGCAAGAAGCAAUCGAGCACGAGAGGUUAGCGAAGGAGGCCGAGGCCAACAGACUACUGGAGGAGCGACGCGCAAGAGAGGCCCAGGAAGAGCUGGAAGCUGCCGAAGCCGUGAAACGGGCUCUGGAAACCAUGAGAGCCAAGAAGGAAGAGCAGCAUAAGGAGACCGAGAGGCUCGAACAAGAGCGACUGGCCCGUGAAAGGCUCGAGCAAGAGAAGUUAGAGCAGAUUGUCGAAGCGAGGAAGCUUCUGGCAUUAAUGGAAGAAGAACGGAGGGCCGCGGAGAUCCAAGAAGAGGCCGAAGCCGCUGCAGUCGCCGAAAAGGCUCGGAAAGAGAAGGAAGAGGUCGAAGCUGCAGCUGCUGCCGAACGUGCUCGACAAGAGAAGGAAGAACUCCGGCAGGAACAAUUACGACGUGAGAGAGCCGAAGAGGCUCGAAUUGCUAGGAAAGCCCGAGCAGCUGCGGAUGUCCUUGCGGAAGAGCAGAGAGAGGAAGCAGAACGGUUGGAACGGCUGGCCCAGGACGAGUCACGUGAGCAAGCCGAGAUACCAUUCAUCGCACGUCGAUCCAUGAUCGAAUCAGCACGUGCUCCGUCACCUCCUUCGGGAGUACCUGACAUGCAUGAUCGUUCUCCAGUCUCUGAUCGACCGUUUCGAUCGUAUCGAUCUUUCGCGCCACAUGCACCGAAGCUUAGAACACACGAAGCGGGUCCAAACCAUGCACCGAAGCCUUAUGCUGUGGCACAGCUCAUUGAGGAUAACAGACCUGCGGCCCCGAGCCCGCCAAUGAGUAAAGCUCGACCAAGUCCGGUGAGGUAG